AUGAACCCUUUCGAGUCUCCUUCUGACGGAGGCCGUCCAGGCCAACAGCCACGGCCCAAUCGUGCUGAUGGUCCACCACCACUUCCUCCUCUCAGCAUUCCUGGCGGCGGCGACGGCGGCCCCCGUCCUCAGCAUCCUGUCUUUUCACCUCUACAACGCCAUCAACAACAACAAUUGCCUGGCUAUCACCCACAACAACCAUCGCCUCAACAAAUACACCAACACCAACAGCAACAACACCACCACCACCACCAACAACAACAACAACAACAACAACAACAACAACAACAACAACGACAAUACCAACCGCCUCGCUCGCAACAGCCCUUCUUCUCUCCUCCUGCCGCUACUGCCAUGUCUCCACCACCAUCCAACAUGGGACCGGGAGGCAGCCGUCAGGCUUACCUCAAUCAGCCUUCGCAACCUCCGCAGCGCCCUGCCGGUAUCUCGUUCCAAGAGCCUCAACGCAUCCCAGCUCAGCGUUCAGCUCCUUCGCGCGAGUCUGUCAAGUCCUAUGGUGACGACAAGCGCAACUUGCUCGAUCCUAACAGCAGCUCGACUGCCUUGAACCAGGUCAACACCCUCGAUCCAGAAUCAGGCUUCUCGGCUCAAAAUGCCAACUUUCGUCGCAAAAAGUCGCUCGUUCGCCCCGAUCGUGAACGCAUGGACCCUAACCAUCGUCAGUGGUACUACCGCAAUCAUGCUGCCCACAUGGAUGUUAUGGCGGCUAACGGCGGUCGUGUCGGCUACAUGCCUUCCACUACUGGUCAUCUCCCUCAGCACGGUGCGGCCCCGCAUGGCUCCGGCAUAGCUGGCGUCGUCGGACCUGGCGGAGGUCUCAGCGGUCUUGGUGUGACAGGGCCCUCUAACAUUCCUCCUGGAGGUCUUGGACGCGCUCCUCCUCUGCGUCGCGGCAAAUCGAUUCUUGGCAGAGACGAGGACCAGAUUGAGACCGGCAUCAACGUGCUCAAGCGCGGUGUCUCGCUGCGUCGCAAGCAGUCCAAAUCUGGUCGAGUGACCAAAGAGGUGCCCCGUGAUCUGGGUGAAAGCAAGACCUCCCGCAUCGCUCCUGGCCCGGUUGGAGGCUGGAUGAUCUACUGCUACAUCCUCACCAUCUGCUGCCCUGGUCCUUUCCUUCGCCUCUUUGGCAUCCGCACUCCAGAGCAGCAGCGUGCCUGGCGUGAGAAGAUGGGUCUCAUCGGCAUCAUCGCCUUGAUCAUGGCUGCCGUCGGUUUCCUCACUUUCGGUUUCACUCAGACCGUCUGUGGCACUCCCCCCGACCGCUACACGCUUGGAACCAUCGACGUCGGCUCCAUGACAUUCAACGGUUACGACUAUAACUUUGACGGCUUCUUUCACCCCCAGGUUGGACCCUUUGGCGCCAACACCAUCUACAACCGCACCAACCCCAUCUACUCGGAGCCCUGGUCUUCUGGUGGACAGGAUGGCAGCUUGCUCUUCCAGAAGGUCGGAGCUGCCUGCACCAACAUCAUCUCGAACCGUGUAGGAGGUGGACAGCCUGAGCAAUACUUUGACUGCACGCUGGUGAGCCAAGACGGUCGUGGAGGAUACGCCAACAAUACCGAACGCAUGUGUCACACCGGUGCCAUCGUCGAUCAGUUCAACAAUGGUGCGCAACCCAGGAACUCUGUUCUCAAGAAACGAGGUCAGGUCUCACUCAAUUGGAACAACAUCACCGACACUUCACGCAACUUGGCCGUCUACCGUGGCUCGGUCCUCGACCUCAACCGACUCAACAACCUCACCAACACUCUCGCCUAUCCUCCCUUGUUUGACACCCUCAAGCGCCGCGACGACACUUGGGCAGGUCGCGAUGUGACUUCGGCUGUCAUGCGACAGCGUCUUGACAACGAGUUCCAGUGUCUCGAGCAGAUCGCUCGCGUCGGCUUCAUCGACUCCGAGACCAUCGGCUGUGUUGCCUCCAAGGUCGAGCUCUAUCUCUCGCUGGUCUUCAUUAUCGGCGUCGUUGCCAUCAAGUUCUUCAUGGCUGUCAUGUUCGGUUGGUUCAUCUCCUGGCGUCUUGGCAACUACGCCAACGAGACCUACGAGCAGCGUAUGAAGCGUGCCGCCGAGAUUGAGCAGUGGUCCGACGACAUCUACCGUCCUGCUCCUGCCGGUUACCGACCCAACGCUCGCAAGCAUAAGUCCUUCCUCCCCACACAGAGUCGAUUCUCGGUCGCUGAUCCUCUCAGCCUCAAGAGCGGCUCUCGUGCUCCCAUGCCUCUCAACGAGAAGCGCAUGACCCGUGGUGGUCGUCUCGGCGUCGUUUCACCUCUCGGUGGAUCUCCUCCUGGUUCUCCCUCGGUUGCCGGUGGCCGCAGCUCGGCAUCGUUGGCACCCAACCACUCGCGACGCUCUUCCUUCUCUGGUAGCCCAAGCGAAGGCGCUAUGGGUGCUUGCCCCUUCCCGUUGCACAACAUCGUUGCUCAACCUGGCCCAGACUACCGACCCUUCGGCUUCCAGCUUGCUCACUCGAUUUGCCUUGUCACUGCUUACUCUGAAUCCUUCGAAGGUCUGCGGACAACCCUUGACAGUCUCGCCACCACCGACUACCCCAACAGUCACAAGCUCUUGCUCGUCAUUGCUGACGGUAUCGUCAAGGGUGCUGGCUCCGAUAUCUCGACUCCUGAUAUCUGCCUUUCCAUGAUGAAGGAUCUCGUCAUCCCCGCAGAGGAAGUCGAGGGCAACUCGUACGUUGCCAUCGCCGACGGUUACAAGCGACACAACAUGUGCAAGAUCUACGCCGGGUUCUACGACUAUGACGACGAGACGGUUGAGCGAUCCAAGCAGCAGCGUGUACCCAUGAUCCUGGUAGCCAAGUGCGGAACUCCUCUCGAAGCUGACAGUGCCAAGCCCGGUAACCGUGGUAAGCGUGACUCGCAAGUGCUCCUCAUGGCCUUUAUGCAGAAGGUCAUGUUCGACGAGCGCAUGACUUCGUUCGAGUACGAGUUCUUCAACAGCAUCUGGCGCGUCACUGGCGUCUCCCCGGACAACUACGAAGUGGUGCUUUGUGUCGAUGCCGAUACCAAGGUGUUCCCCGACUCGCUCUCGCGCAUGGUAGCUUGCAUGGUGGAAGACCCCGAGAUCAUGGGUCUUUGCGGUGAGACCAAGAUUGCCAACAAGUCUGAGACCUGGGUGACCAUGAUCCAGGUGUUCGAAUACUACAUCUCCCACCAUCAGACCAAGGCCUUCGAGGCCUGCUUCGGAGGUGUCACCUGUUUGCCCGGUUGUUUCAGUGCUUACCGAAUCAAGGCGCCCAAGGGUCCUCACGGCUACUGGGUCCCUAUUUUGGCCAACCCGGAUAUCGUCGAGCACUACUCGGAAAACGUUGUCGACACGCUGCACAAGAAGAACUUGCUCUUGCUCGGAGAGGACCGAUACCUGACCACGCUCAUGCUCAAGACCUUCCCCAAGCGAAAGAUGAUGUUCGUGCCCCAGGCCGUCUGCAAGACCAUCGUGCCAGACACGUUUCGCAUUCUGCUGUCACAGCGUCGACGAUGGAUCAACUCGACGGUCCACAAUCUGUUCGAGUUGGUCAAGGUCAACGAUCUUUGCGGUACCUUCUGCUUCUCGAUGCGUUUCGUCGUCUUCAUGGAACUCACCGGUACUCUCGUGCUUCCUGCUGCUAUUGCCUUCACGCUCUACGUCGUGGUCCAAGCCUUCCUGCCCAACGUGCCUACACCGACCAUUCCGCUGAUCUUGCUCGCCCUCAUCUUGGGUCUGCCAGCUAUCCUCAUUGUGGUGACGUCGCGCAAGAUUGCCUACGUAGGCUGGAUGCUGAUCUACCUUAUCUCGUUGCCGAUUUGGAACUUUGUGCUCCCUAUGUACGCGUACUGGCACAUGGACGACUUCUCCUGGGGUGCCACACGUAUGGUGCAGGGUGAGAACAAGAAGGAGAACCACGGUGAUGCCGAUGGCAAGUUUGAUCCUUCGCAUAUUGUUAUGAAGCGAUGGGCCGAGUUCGAGCGCGAGCGUCGUUGGAAAUCAGGAACACACUCGCGCGACUCGACGUACGACGUGGUACAUCGCGCUGGCUCGCCCGAAAGGUCUGGCAGCACACGCUACUCGGUCGUCUCCUCUGACACUUUCCACUCGAACCCCUCGGGUCAGCACGACCAGUUCGGACGCGCCUUGCCCAACGCCGCCGUUUCCUCAAGUGCCUCGCACUACGGUCCCGAUCCCUCGGAGACGUCGCACACCAAGAGCGCAUCUGGAGCUCGUGCGCGACUCGACUCGGUACCUCUGCUUGAGCUACCAGCACCUUUGGCCACAGACGCUAAGCAGCGGAGCGGGGCUUCUCCACCUGGCACUGUAGUUGUGCCACGACCUCGCGCCACCUCGCCUUCGACAUUGCCGCACAACUCGACGCACCCUGCGCUUGGCAAUAUCAACACCUUCUCACCGGCUCAGCAGCAUUCCAACCGUUUGCCCGCACCACCAGGCGCUGGUGGCUACGAGGCUUACCCGCACACAGACAUCACGGACGAGGAGAAGCGACCGAUGAUCGGAUCCGCUUCGAGCUCGCCUGAUCCGGAGCCUCGUCGCUUAGUUGGUGCGGACGUAGCAGUACGACACGGCAGCGUCUCGACAGAGCAGCGUUACCCAACGGUGAGCGAGUCAGCUUACCCCAUGCAGGCAUACACAGCGGAGCCAGAGACAGAUGCCUCGAUGUCACCGCAGAGCCGAUCAGCAACCAGAGGCUUCAGUCUUGUAGAUGAUGGACCGGUUGCAAGCGCACAAGGUGUACGACAGGUCCAGAGGGGUGCCCGACGCACUUCGAACAUGCCUAACUCGGCAGCUUCACCAACAGCUGGACCGGGAGCUGGCCCUAGAAUCAACAAUCUUCCUCCCGGUGCAGUUCCACCGAGCUUCGACUGA